GCGGCUGGACGGGCGGCUCUCCGCAGAGUCCUGGGGACGGUUGCUGAGCCGACCUGGGACGCCAGGUCGCGACGUCUCCUGCCUGCCCGUCUUUAAUCUGUCUGUCGGGUUCCGAACAAGCUAACUCAAACCUGCGCCGGACAGGUGGACUGGACUGAGAGAAUCACCUGAACUGGUGACAGGUGCACUCACCAGAAGGGGAAGGAGCUAGGAGCCAGUGAGAUGGCAGACGAGGCCUUAGCUGGGCUGGAUGAGGGAUCCCUUCGGAAACUGCUGGAGGUCACAGUGGAUCUGGCAGAGCGGCGGCGCAUCCGCUCGGCCAUCCGGGAGCUGCAGCGACAGGAGCUGGAGCGCGAGGAGGAGGCCCUGGCAUCUAAGCGCUUCCGUGCCGAGCGACAGGACAACAAGGAGAACUGGCUGCACUCUCAGCAGCAGGAAGCCGAGCAGCGGGCUGCCCUGGCACGGCUGGCAGGGCGGCUGGAGUCCAUGAGUGAUGUAGAGGAGUUGACUGUGCUGUUGCGAAGUGCUGGUGAGUAUGAGGAACGCAAGCUGAUCCGCGCCGCCAUCCGCCGUGUACGGGCUCAGGAAAUUGAAGCUGCCACCUUGGCUGGGAGGUUGUGCAGCAGACGUCCCAACAGUGUCUCACAAGAGGACAGCAAGGGGCGGGGAGCACACAGGCUGGAACAGUGUGAGGUGCCAGAGCGAGAGGAACAGGAGCAGCAGGCAGAGGUCCUAAAGCCAACCCUGACCCCAGAGGGCACCAGCCAGGAUGUGACCACAGUGACACUCCUGCUACGGGCCCCACCUGGAGACACACCCAGCUCACCUGCCUCACUCAGCAGUUCACCCACCACUGCCUCUCCUGAGCCUCCACUGGAGCCUGCCAAGGCCCAGUGCCCUGCAGCCAAGGCUCCAGGCAGCCCUGAGCUACCCCGCAGCCCACCCAAGGCCACCAGCCCUGAGCCCCAGGAGUCUCCAGCCCCUUGCAGCACCGAGGGACAGGUGAGUCUGGAUAAGGGGCUCUGCCUAUGCCGUGUCUCCCUGCAGCACCUUCCUGACCCCACAGAGCCCUCUGCUGCCCAAGGCCCUACUAGAGGUCCCUGUGACGCCAAGAGAGCAGACCUGGCUGGACCCCAGCCCUGCCAACGCUCCCUGGUGCUCAGCCCCCGCCAACCAGCCCAGAACCAAGAAUCCGCCCCCACUGCCAGCGGACCUUCCCCAUUCCAGCGAGCUGGCUCUGUGAGGGACCGUGUCCGCAAGUUCACAUCUGAUUCUCCUAUGGCUGCCAGGCUCCAGGAAGGCCCACCCCGAGCUGCCCUAGGUCCCUCGACCCCCGCAAGGCUCCUGGGCCCCUCCCUCGCUGGCACCACCCCUGCCUCCUCCUCCAAGGGCUCCACCUCUCAGGGCCCCACUGACACCUCCUCCCGGUUCAGCAAGGAGCAACGAGGAAUAGUCCAGCCCCUGGCUCAGCUUCGAAGCUGCCCCCAGGAGGAGGGCCCCAGGAGGCGGGGCUUGGCUGCCAGGCCCCUUGAAAACGGAGCAGGGGGGCCUGUGGCCUGCUCAGAGGAGCCCAGUGCCCUGCUGCCCGUGGCUGUGGGCACUGCCGAGCCAGGGGGCAGUAUGAAGACCACAUUCACCAUUGAAAUCAAGGAUGGCCGUGGCCAGGCCUCCACGGGCCGGGUGCUGCUGCCCACAGGCAACCAGAGGGCAGAACUGACAUUGGGGCUGCGGGCGCCCCCCACCCUCCUCAGCACCAGCAGUGGGGGCAAGAGCACCAUCACCCAUGUUAGCAGCCCUGGGACCCUGGCCCGGCUGGGCAGUGUCACGCACAUCACCAGCUUCAGCCAUGCCUCCCCAGGUAGCCGAGGAGGUUGCAGCAUUAAGAUGGAACCAGAGCCAGCAGAGCCUCCCUCUGUGGCAGUGGAAGCAGCCAAUGGUGCUGAGCAGACCCGGGUGGACAAAGCACCAGAGGGGCGGAGCCCACUGAGAUCCGAGGAGCUGAUGGCUAUUGAGGAUGAAGGAGUCUUAGACAAGAUGCUGGAUCAAACCACAGACUUUGAAGAGCGGAAGCUUAUCCGGGCUGCACUUCGUGAGCUCCGACAAAGGAAGAGAGACCAGCGGGAUAAGGAGCGAGAACGGCGGCUGCAGGAGGCACGGGCUCGGCCAGGGGAGGGCCGCAGCAAUAUGGCCACUGAGACCACCACGAGGCACAGCCAGCGGGCGGCCGAUGGCUCAGCUGUCAGCACUGUUACCAAGACUGAGCGGCUCGUCCACUCCAAUGACGGCACACGGACAGCCCGCACCACCACAGUGGAGUCAAGUUUUGUGAGGCGCUCGGAGAAUGGCAGUGGCAGCACCAUGGUGCAAACCAAGACCUUUUCCUCCUCCUCCUCCUCUUCCUCCUCCUCCAAGAAGAUGGGCAGAAAGCUGGAGAAGGAGGGCGCCGCCGGCAGCCCUGGCGGACCCCGCGCAGGCGUGCAGCGCUCCACCAGCUUCGGGGUCCCCAACGCUAACAGCAUCAAGCAGAUGUUGCUGGACUGGUGUCGAGCCAAGACACGUGGCUACGAGCACGUGGACAUCCAGAACUUCUCCUCAAGCUGGAGUGAUGGGAUGGCCUUCUGUGCCCUAGUGCACAACUUCUUCCCUGAGGCCUUCGACUAUGGGCAGCUUAGCCCUCAGAACAGGCGUCAGAACUUCGAGGUGGCCUUCUCGUCUGCUGAGACCCAUGCGGACUGCCCGCAGCUCCUGGAUACAGAGGACAUGGUGCGGCUUCGAGAGCCUGACUGGAAGAUGCUGGUGGACUGCGUGCCCCUGGUGGAGGUGGAAGACAUGAUGAUCAUGGGCAAGAAGCCCGACCCCAAGUGCGUCUUCACCUAUGUGCAGUCGCUCUACAAUCCCCUGCGGCGCCACGAGCUGCGCCUGCGCGGCAAGAAUGUCUAGCCUCCCCGCCCGCACGGCCCGCUCGCGGCAAGCUGCCGCCCUUACCCCCGGGCACCCUCCCCUCCCCGUGCGCCUGCCCACCGCUGCCCUAUCUGUCGCGACACCCUUCCCUGCAUACACACACGGCGUUUUGAUAAAUUAUUGGUUUUCAA